UCUCCAUGUGUCUAGGUCGAGUCAGCACAGGUUAUAUUUACUCAGCAGCAGCGAGUUAUUCCGUAUUCAUUUCCUUUUCUCAGCAUCAGUAUCGAACAAUUAACAUAACUAGGCCCCGCUCAACACAUGUUGCAUGCACAAGCGGCGCCGAGAUCCUCAGACACCGCUAAAAGAACCAAAAGGGGCAGUGGUGCAGCGGCUGGGCAGCAGACCGCCGAUCUAUCCAAACUCGGCGCCCCGAACGGUUGCCCCCCCAGCACUUCCCCAUUCUCCCUCCUUUCUCCUCCUCCCCCUGCACGCUGGAUUGCAACAAUCCGCUUCAAGGCGCUCUUUGGCUGCCAUCAGUCACUGGCUCAAUGUACUAAUUGGAAAACUCUGCUUUACACGUUCAUCCGCACCUCGUUCUUUCAUCUGCCCUUCUUUUGCGAAUUCGGGCAGUGCGAAGGGGGGCGAACAAAGCUCAGCACGGCCGAGACUCCGCUUUGCACAAAAGGCCUUGUGGAUACGGGCGAUUCCGCUUUCCCCUUGGCCUUCUCAGUUUUGCAUCCUGCACCGCCAACAGAGACACUUUGCAGUGUGCGACCCACCCCGCCAGAUCCGCCCCCGAAUCGUCCUGCAAUCAAUUCUGGCGCUCUAUGAUCAUCCCAUCGGCAUCUAACAACGAGACUUCCGCGCAAGAGCCCGAUUUUCCAUUAGAGCUACCAAUACUCUCCCUACACUGAGCAAUCUUCUUUUGCCAUUCG